CAAGUUUACCGAGUCCAUUGGCUGAGGGCAAAGGCACUAUGGGAUCGAUGGAGGGAAGAAAUGCUAUUGGUCACAUUCGAGAUGGAUUGGACAUGUAAGUUCUUUUUGUGGAAAACAACCAUAUGGGGCGAGCACAUGCAGGAAUCAUUGGAGAAACGACUUCCGGGUCACGGAUGCUACGCCGGAAGGCAAUCCCACAUGUAUUCAUUGCUGGCACAGGAUGCGCAGGCAGCUUUUCAAGACCUACAAAAUGUGUUGAUAGAGGCUGGAGAUGAAUGA